AUGUCAGCCCCCCAAUGGUCGAUUGAACUCCAUCUUGCCAACCAAUGCGAGGAUGCAGAGGCCCUUCACAUCUGGCGCCAAGCCGAAGUGUGCGCCCAGCUCUACCCGGACCAUGAUGUGGUAGUUCGGUCAUUCACCAAUGGGGGCAUUGUCAUCCGAACCUUGCCUGUCUUCACUGGUAAACUCAACCGGGCCGUGGGCUGUGGCAAGGAUGGUGACCUAGACCACGACACUUUGAGGGAGUUGGAGUCAAUGUUUGCCGUCAUCGGGCUUGCUCCAGAGAUCCAUGUCAGUCCUUUUGCGAGGCCAUCCACCUUGCAGUCUCUAAUUGCUCAGGGAUACGAAGAAAAGGGGCUGCUGAGCACAUAUUGGUGUCCUCUCAAGGACCCGGCAAUUGAAUCUACCCCAAAUGGCACGUUGGGCAUGGGUACCGUGGAGACGCGCUUGGUCGCUGCUCAUGAGAUGGAAGAUUUCAUUGAGACCUCUAUCGCGGGGUUUCAAAGCAACGGCCGGUCCCGGGAGUUGCUGGGGGCCCUCGCCAGGAUUGCGACUCGACGACCAGACACGCAAUUAUUCGUUGCUGUGGUUAACAACAAGAUUGCCGGCUCCGCUGCCUUAGCCAGCAUCGAGACCUCCGAUGGAAGUGUGGCGCAUCUGUAUUUGGAUAGCACAUUGCCAAACUAUCGGGGCCGAGGCGUGCAGCAAGCGCUGAUCCAGGCCCGUCUCCGCGAGGCACGACGCCGGGGUGUGUCCCUGGCAACGACCAUCACCCGCGUUGGGGACGGAAGUGCACGUAAUGCGGAGCGGGCAGGUCUGCGGAUUGCGUAUACGACCACGAUCCUCACUCGACCAGAGAUCCGAGAGGCGGGCGAUGGCUGA